AUGGCAGAAACUACAAAAACUCCAGGAGGCGGUAAAGUUGUGCCCCGUUCUGCUGCUGGUGUUGUUCGCCAACGUCGUGGAGGAACAACUACAAAUUCACGAGCUCGCACAACAGCUGGAGGGCCAAAUAGUGGUGGACUUUGGCGUUUUUACACUGAGGACUCUACUGGAUUGAAAAUUGGACCUGUUCCCGUUCUAGUCAUGUCACUUGUAUUCAUUGCCAGCGUAUUUAUUCUUCACAUGUGGGGCAAAUAUACUCGAAGUCGUUAA